AUGGCUGUUAAGAGUCAUAUAUGCCUGCUGGGACUCAUCAUUCUCUGCUCACCAUUCACAGGUGUUACUGGAGAGAUACAUGUGUUCAGUAGUUCAGGUGAAGAUGUCGCUCUGCCCUGUAUUAAUGCUCUUUCUAACUGCACCUCAACUACAUGGACCUACAACAAACCUAGAUCAUCAGUUACAGUAGAACUGAUUAUGUUAGGAAUAAAGAAGAAAAACAUAGAGAGAGCUGAGAGACUGAGUCUGGGGUCUAACUGCUCUCUGAACAUCUAUAAAACAACAGAAGAAGAUCAUGGACUUUACACCUGCCAACAAUAUGUGAAAGAUAAACAUCAUGGAACUGAUGCACUGGUUUUUCUACAUGUUCUUCAUGUUUCUCCAUUAUCCACACAGACUGAGAUGAGAUCAGGCAGCUCUGUGACUCUCACCUGUCAGCUGUUUUCAUCUGAUUACUCUUGUAAUGGUUUCUUCCGCACUGAGGAUCUUCAGCUGUUCUGGGUGAAUCAGGCUGAUGUUAAUCUACAGACAGACCCCAGAUAUCAGAUAUUAUCACCAGGACCAUGUAUCAGAACUCUGACUACAACACUCCAGAAUGAAGACAACAACACAGAGUUGAGAUGUUUGGUUAAAAUGAAGAAUGAGACUAAGACCUCAGUCAGCUAUACUGUCAAGUUUAAGGCAUCAGCUACAGAAACAGACAAACCAACCUCUAAAAUAACUUCAAGUCCUACUGCAGUAUUACAUCAUACACAAGCAUCAACUACAUCAACAAUCAAACCAACCUCUGAAAUAACUUCAAGUCCUGCAGCAUUAUCUCCUAAACAAGUGACUGUGAUUGUUCCAGUAAUUGCUUUGGUAGUUUUUCUCAUUGCUGUUGUCCUUCUUGGGGUGAUUUGGAAAAAAAGAGCAGGUAGAAGACAAGCUGAAAACUCUGUGGUUGCAGAUAAAGAUGACAAUAAUAGAAACAAUGAAACAAUCAACAUUUCCACUAUCGAUCAGAAAGAUGAUGUCACUUAUUCAGAGGUGAUCAUUUCCAGUAAAACACAAGUCAUAAAGAACAAUGUUCCUUCUGAUGAUAAUGUGACUUAUGCUGCCCUCAGAGGAGGAGAAGUUGAAGUCCAAGACAACAGCAAUGUGCUUUAUGCUUCUGUUAACAAAACCCCUCACAAAUAAAUGAAAAAAAAUGUCAAACUUAAAAAGUUAGGUUUUAGUCAAUGUCAUUGUAGAUAUAAAAAUGCAAGUUGUUUUUACAUUCAAACCUUAGUGGUGAUCUGAUUUUGUUGUGGUUUGACAGGGCUUGUUUAAGUGUCUAUAAAGACAUUUACACUGAUCUGUCAAAUGUCAACCAACACCAUCUUUAUAACCUGACUGUUGGAUUUAGAAUGAAUGAGUUUGCUGGUGUUUGACAGAUCAGUAUGGGUUAACCUUAUAAUGAAAAAUGACAAAUGAUAGUCAUAGUUAGACUAUAAAUAUGAGAUUAUGAUGUCAGAACAGACAGUUACUGCAUGGUUGCAUAAAGUCUUGCUUGAGUAGCUGUUUCCAGUAAUGCUUGUAAUGUAACAUGUAUGACGCAUAUGUUUUGCUUUGCUGAAACUCCCUCUGUAACUCUGAUAAGAAUCAGGCACAGAAUCAAUAUUUGUAAAGUAAAUGCAUGUAAACAGUGACCAAGUAAAAGAAAUCAUCUUUAUUUUGCUCUUUAUGUCACUACACAGGUUUAGUUUGCUGACUAAAAAGGCCUUGAUUAACAUUGAUAAACAUUUUACAGAGUAAAUUAAUUAACAUUUAUACAAUGCUAAGUAAACAAUUAAUGCUAAGUUUUUUAUUUAAAUUUUUUCAAAUGAAAACACAAAGCUACAGUAAAAUGUGAAAUUCAUCCAUUGUUGUGUAUAAGCUUGAGAUGAAUAAGAUGAUUAAGUAUAUG